GAUGCAUCCUCGCCAAUUCUGUUAGGCUACACACGGACCACAUGCCUCGGUUUAUUAACUCGUACCUAGACCGAGAUUCCCCUGUCAACAACAAGGUUCAUGAUGCUGCAUGCACGCAUGUCGUUGCUUCCAUUUCAAUAUACUCAAAAUACAAGGGUGCGAUAACCUUAAUUGAUAAUAAUAAUUGAUAGGAAUUCAAACUGGAUGUAGAAGCCACAGUCGGGACAGGACAAUGAUCUCAUUCCAUGAAUUUGUUAGGACAUUCAAGAUGUCUUUCGUAUUCUGUAUUCCUACGACACGAUGGUUGACUAUAGGUACCUAGUCAAUCGGGAUGGUUUCGAUUAAACGCAUUACAUCAUAUACCCUCAAAUGUAUUUCUUCAUUAUUUCCUUUUCUGGCAGACACUUGUAUAUAUCCGACCUACCUAAUCCGAGUAAAUACCACAAUGGGCGCGAUCCUAUCUACUUCAACCAAUUACGUCUGGUCCGCCGGCAAGGCAUUCCGAGAACUUAGUACAGAGAACAAAGCACUCUUAGAACAUGCCAGCCGUUCACCUGGAGUGCCAGUCAUUAAUCCGAUACGGCCCUACUGGAUGCGUAAUCCACCAUUCCCAGACCUAGUCAAUAAAUUCGAUAGACUACCGUCGAACCGAGCCGAGCAUAUCAUUAUUGGUAGCGGCCUUACCGCAGCCGCGGUUGCUUUUGCGCUCUUACAGGAAAGUCGUCGAACGGGUGUGUAUAGACGUAUUCUCGUAUUAGAAGCUCGAUCACUAUGCUCAGGAGCUACUGCACGCUGCAACGGCCGGAUAUUGGGCUCGCUUCACGAGACGUUCGACGAAUUACGAAGAGUUAUAGGUCUCGAACGCGCUGCCGCUCUCAUAGAAUUCCAAAUCGCUAACGCUCGGGCGUUGAGCGACGUAUGCCGGGCAAAGGAAUGGACUUAUGCUGAUUGCCAUGGGGUCAUGACUGUAGAGUACUACUACACAGACAAGGAGCGCGAGAGUGCUUUUUACAAAGUGAAGUUGCUCAGCAAAUGGGUUCCAGAGUUAAAUAUGACUAUGUUGCCUGAGAAUUUGGCAAAACUGCGAUUCCCAACAAAAUUAGGCAUAAAAGGGGCUUUAGUCUAUAGAAAUAUAGCUAUAUCCCCGUUCAGAUUCGUUAGCGAGGUGUAGAACUACCUCUCCGAAAAUUGGAAUGCUUUCGUCUACAUACAAACUCACGCGCCUGUCGUGACCAUCCGAGCAGCAAGGAACAAACUCCAUACAUUC